AUUUCAGUUCUGAAUUAUCACACACAAAAACAUUUCAAUUUGCACUAUAACAAACUCUUCUCUACAUCCAUAAUUCAAUUCCCUUUCAAAUGGCCACCGAAGAACCCAUCAUCGCCGUUGAACCCGUGUCCGAACCAGCAACCGCCGAACCUCCGGUCUUGGAGGAAGUGGAUGAACCAAAGGCCGAAGCUGAGAAGACGAAGAAAGUCAAGGAAACCAAACCUAAGAAAGCUUCCAAACCACGAAACCCUGCUUCCCAUCCUACUUACGAAGAGAUGAUUAAGGAUGCAAUAGUGUCGUUGAAGGAGAAGAAUGGUUCGAGCCAAUACGCGAUUGCGAAAUUCAUUGAAGAGAAACAGAAACAGCUUCCUGGAAACUUCAAGAGGCUAUUGCUCCAAAAUUUGAAGAAGAAUGUUGCUUCUGGAAAGCUUACUAAGGUUAAAGCUUCAUUCAAACUUUCUGCAGCAGCUAAGAAGCCAGCAGUUGCCAAGCCAAAGUCAAAGCCAGCUGCCAAAGUAAAGUCUGUGAAAGCUAAGACAGCUGCUAAGCCUAAAGCCAAAGCUGUUGUUAAGCCAAAGGCUGCUUCAAAGGCAAAAUCUGUUACUACCAAACCGAAGGCGGCUGCCGCCAAGCCCAAAGCUGCUGCGAAGCCUAAAAUCGUUGCUAAGCCUAAAGCAGCUGUGAAACCGAAGCCCAAGGCAAAGCCUGCAAAGGUUGCAAAGACAUCGACGAAGACGACACCAGGAAAGAAAGUUGCUGUUGGGAAGUCUGCUCCUAAGAAAGUAGCUGCUGCAAAGAAAGCUCCGGUGAAGAGUGUGAAGCCUAAAACCGUUAAGUCUCCAGCGAAGAAGGCUUCUGGGUUGAAGAGAGGGGGAAGGAAAUGAGAGUUUUGUCUUCUUAGAAUUAACAUUGUAUAGAUAGUUUAUUAUUACGUAAACUUUCUGGUUUUGUUUUCCGUUCCAUUGAAUUAAUCGCGAUAGAACUAUGUAACACAUAAAUCAACGAAAGCACUAUUUAUAUUACAUUUCAAAAGCUCCUAAAUUUAAGUUUUUUCAUGUAUGCAUUUAUGUUGAGAAUAAAUAUCUUUUUGAA